GUCUCCAAGAAAGACCGGAAGAAUGGCAAAGAAGGCGGCGGAGUGGUCGCAGCGGUGACAAAACAAGGUGCCAAGUUCACGUGGGUUCCCUCUACCCUGGCUGACCACUUUAAUUACAUCAGUAAUGGGAAUGGCACCGGCACCACUAAAGGAUCAUCCAGUGCCUCACCUGUGAUCUCUCCAGAGAUCAAACCAGCUAGUGUCUCGUCCAACGAGAACCCAGUUGCGUCGCCCCUCUUGGAUGCUGCCUCGACGGCAUCAUAUGCGACGAGCACCUCGUUGAACACCAGGGAAUGGACUCGGGGGAUCUCCGCAGGCAUGGCCGGUUCCCCGGGAAACCUCAUCAGCUUAGUCGGCGAGUCUCCGCCGACGGCGCCUUCCUCCUAUGAAGAUCCCCGCGGCAUCCCGUCAGGCUGGUCCUCGCCGAGACCCUCGGUGGGCUAUCACCCGCCUUCGGCCUCUCCCCCGCUUGCAGGAAGACGUCCCUUGAGCUUCCACGUGGACAACAACUAUUAUUCACCCCCAGACACCCACAGCCAUCUUGGAUCGAUCGCGGCAGCUAGGCGCGGCUCCAUGCAUUCCAACUACGCCCAUAGAGCUGUUUCGAAUCCGCCUUUGCCUCAUCAGCCCCAGGCUCAUUUCUACGGUGCCCCCGAAAUCGACCUUGACUUACAGUCGCAUUCCGGGAUGAAGGCGGGAGAAAAGGGCUACUAUUGUGGAUUCGACACCCUUCCUUUGCCGAAUACCGACCCUGCCAGCAGCAAGUCCAAUGUCGUCCUUGCCGGCUAUGAAGGUGGCCUCGAGAUCCUCACCGUUGGAAAACGGGAGGUCGAGACUGUUGCUAACCUGAAAGGGCUGCGUGGCGGUGUCUACCAUGCCAAAAUCCUUCCCUGGAUGCCGCAUGAGUCGGAUCUUUUCCCGUUGGUCGCAGUCGUUAUUCAUGGGCCGAAUCUGCCCGCGCCUGCUCCCGCUAUCAACGUGGAAGGCGAUUAUGAUGCGGUUUCUGCCGAAAGAUCGGAGGCCAUGACCAACAUCACGAGCCCUGACCCGUCCUCGAGAGAGAGCGUCACGGGCAGUCGCCCGGCGCCCGGAUUUGCCGAAUCUUAUUACACCUCUGUAGAGGUCUACUCUCUCAAGACAGGCCGCCCGGUGAGCGUUCUUCUCGAGGCGCCAAAGGUGCCCCUCAAGAUGCCCAUCACAAGCGCAGCAUUCAAGGCACCUCCUCCUACCGGUGCCUUCCACAUUCAUGCGGAAGGCGGCAGUAUUGUGGUGUCGUCGGGAGUUACCGGAGAAUGCUGGAUCUAUCGGCAGGCACCCGUCGUCGCUGAUCAGCCGCUGCACUUCAGAUGCCACGGCAAGGUUUGGACGACUCUCCAGCAGCCGCUCAAAGGAGAGCCUGGCCAAGAAAACGAGCGAGGCCGGUCACCAGUUCCACCACGACCGAGACCUCAGGUUGCCAUCGUCAGCGUCAGUUCCAGAUGGAUGGCAUACUGUCCUGCUACGCCGUCCUCACAGAUAGCACUGCGUGCUUCGGUUCCCGUUCUCAUUCACGGCCGCGCCCCUGGGUUGACGUCCGUGACUCCCCCUCAGCUGCCCCAGGCGAAUGCGGAUCUCGACCUGCCGCUUUCCGAGAGCGUGGUCAACAAGCUCAUGCGCGACGCCACGCAAGAGCUGAUUCAAGGUGCGAAGUGGGUUGGGAAGCAGGGCUUACAGGCUUGGAACAAUUACUGGAACCCCCAGCCUUCCCAGACACCGAGGUCACCAACACAGGCCCCUCAGAACUGGGGCCUGGGCGCCUCACCACCUCAGUUCCCUCCCACACAUGGUGCUGUGACGCCACCUGUCUCCAAAGAGCCAGGUCUUGUGUCUGUUUUGGACAUUGAUAGUCUUGGGCCAUCCAGCAACCUCCAUCCCGUCACUACGUUCACCAUUCCUCUUGGGUGCAGCUUCCUCUCACUAUCACCUUCAGGGCUUUUUCUGUUCAGCGCGAGCAGCAAGGGCGACGUCCAGACGGUGUGGGAUUUGAUGCGGGUUCAGAACACCAAGUCAUCGCCUCUCCAGGCUACUGGCUCACCUGUCGGAGGUCCACGUGUGCGUCAAGUUGCCCAGUUCUCGCGCAUGACGGUUGCUCGUAUUGUUGAACUGGCCUGGACCCAGCCCCAUGGUGAGCGUGCUGCCAUGGUCACUGAGCGCGGCACCGUUCACCUUUUGGAUCUUCCGUCGGGUGCCUUUUCCUGGCCGCCUCCGCGUCGCCGACUUCCCGAGGAGACCAAAGCUGCUGUUCCAGAAGGCUCGACUUCGGCUGUUUCGAUGGCGACAAACGCCUUGAGCUCUGUCCGGGAAGCCGCCCGCCCGCUGAUCAAUCGCCAGCGUCGGAGCAACUCGAACACCCCAGCCUUUGCAGGUGCUGCAGAAUAUGCUGCUCAUGGUGGCAAGGUGAUUGUUCACGGCAUCAGCCACUCCCUGGGCAAGACUGGAAACGCAAUCAGCCAGCUCAGACACACCGGAGACAACAGAGUUUCAUUGCCAAACUCUUCCGUGCUCCCCGAGCCCGGUUGCGUAGCCUGGGUCGCCAAGCGUGACCGCUCUCUCUCUGUCUUGGGAGGGGGUCAGGUCAGAGUAUUCCAGAGCAAGAGGUCUGGUGCCCACGGCAAGCGGGGACAGCGGCUCUCUAGGUACACAGAUCAUCAGCUCCCGUUGCUGCCUGACGACUCCAUAGCUCCAGCGGUGAAGCGCAUUUUGGAUCCCGAUGAGUAUUUGGAUUUCUCCGAGCGGGACCUGGACCCCUUCAACAACACUCUGGUACUGAACCAGACCAAGCCUAGCUUGCGGGCCCGGUAUGGCGACGUUGAGUCGUCUAUUCCUCAGGCCGAGAUUGAGUCCAGCGCCCCGUACCAGCCUUUCCACACCGACAGACGCAUCGCCUUGUAUGAGAUGACGUCCUCCUCCAAAGCCAAGUCCUUGGAGAUCACGUCCAUUUUGGCCGAGACUCAGUUGGAGGACACUCAGGCAGAACCAUCAGCACCGCGCAAGAAGAAGGGCAAAGCCGCUCGUGCGACUCCGCCCCCUGUUGAGGAGGCUGCUGCUGCUGCUGAUGAGGCUGCUGCCGCUGAUGAGAACGACGCCGAUGAUACCUGGGUGUUUGGCCUGCCGAUCAGCGCCACCAAGAUCGAUCUCGGUCUGCCCCAUCUGCCAGAGGACGAGUCAUUCAACAUUGACCUCGAAGCCUCGCGUGCCUUGCCCGCCUCGGCGAUGGAAAGGGUCCUUUUCCGCGGGGAUGACGACACGCAGAUUGUGAUUACCACAAGACGCAGACGGGGAGCAGGUGGUUCGGGGAAUGGUGAGGACGGGUUUUUUGAGGAUGAUUGCGAGGUGUUGGAUUUUGCUGAUCAGCGGGUUUGA